GAGAGUGUGUUUGGUACUGAGCUUUGUCUGCUCCCUGAAUUCAACUCCCUACUCUUAAACCCCUCUCUCUUUUUCUCCCUAUCGUCUCCAAGCUCAAACCUUGCAAGUUUAUGCUUUCAUUUCCCAUUAGCUUCUGCUCUAUAUAGGCUUUCAAAUGGAUUUUGGCUUCCCUAGCUUCGAUGAUUUUGUUGUCUCUGGAAGUACUCAAGCUGCUUCACAAGCCAUUGAUUCCAAUGACCAAAAGGCUCAGCAAUUCAAGUUAGUUAGGGAAGAGAGACCAUCUGGUGCAUGGAGGACAACAUCAACUUAUAUGCCUGCAGGUACUGUUGAUUUCUCAGUCCCCAAGACAAUGCUAUUAAGCCAGGCUGCUACUUUGUGGACACCUGCUGAUUCUAUGGUCGAUGGUGAUGCUUGCCAACCAGGGAAAAUGCUUAAUUACCCUUCACUUAGACCAGAAGUUGCUCCGUUUCCAAGUAAAAAUUAUGGGUUGGCUCAGAGAACUCCUCUAAACUCCACUGGCUUUCUUCACUAUCAAUCUCUACCAUCUGCUUAUCCUACAAGUGGGUGUUAUGGUAGCGGAAGCUUGAAUGUGACUGGACCUUCCAUUGUUGCAAGAGGACCGUUCACUCUAUCUCAGCGAAUGGAGUUAGAAUACCAGGCCUUGAUCUUCAAGUACCUCUCUGCAAAUGUUCCUGUGCCACCGGCGUUGCUUUUGCCGCUUAAGAUUAAGCCGAUCGACACUUAUCCAUAUGGCUCUCCUUGUGGAUUCUACCGUCCCGCUUCAAUGGGGUGGAGUAGUACCCUCGAUGUGAGUUGCAUGGGAAGCCCUGCCGAUACUGAGCCUGGAAGGUGUCGUAGAACCGAUGGGAAGAAAUGGAGGUGCUCAAGGGACGUCGUUGGUGAUCAGAAGUACUGUGAAAGGCACUUGAAUAGGGGCAGACAUCGUUCAAGAAAACAUGUGGAAGGCCAAACUGUCCCCUCCACCACCCAGCAGACUGCCAAUUCAGAAGUGGUGCCAGCGGCCACCUCCAUCUCAGCGCUGCUAAUCAGCCACGGUAAUGCCACCGACAAGCAUGUCAAUGGGAUCAUAAAGCAGCAGUCGAAGAUUUCAGAAGCUGUAACUGCUGUCAACUUGAAGUCUGAUGAGUCUCCUUUCACUGUCCUUAAACCUGUUGAAGAAGAAUCCUCUUUGGAAUUUGGACAUAUUUCCUCCGAGUCUUUUAUCAGUUAUUCAAAGAGGAGGAGGUCUGUGAAGUCUAGCGAUUGUGAGCCUUUCUUAAGCUUCAACGAGCAGGAGAGCGAAGAUGAACAUCCUCUUCGCCAAUUUAUUGAAGAUUGGCCCGAGGAUCAGUGCAGUCGCUCUACCAUUAGUUGGCCUCAAGAGCUGAAAUCAGAUUGGACCCAGCUCUCAAUGUCAACUCCAACGCAGGAGAAAAUUGCAUUCUCGCCAUUAAGUUCAUCUAGAGAGUUUGAUCCUUGCACAAAUGGGUUCAAUGAGUAGUCCUUCAGGAUCUUAAGCAGCAAUGCCGGCAGUAGCAAGAGCUCAUUAACACCUUAUAAUAGGGAAGAUGGAGAUUAUGAAGGAAGAACGUUGAAGAAGCUUGGAGAUAUUUGCAUGAUGAACAUCUUAAUUAUUGGCUUUUAAUGAUUUUCAAGACUAAAGAAUGGGUUGAUCCUAAUCAAGCAUCAACCAGUUUUGCUCAUAGAGCUGUGGGCUUUAUAUAGUUUGUGAUUCAGAAAACUUUCUGAAUAUUUCUUAGGCUUUAUAACCAACUCUGAAAGAUAGGAUUUUGAAAAAUGUGAAUUCUUGCAAGUUUAUUUGAAAAACUAAUAUGAUAGUCUUGCAACUUCAGUCAACAUUCAACAAUAAAACUAUUUACAUCUAUCAAAUAGAGGAGAGAGAGAAUUCACUACUUAGAUUGAGAGGAGGCUUUCCUCUACCUGUCAGGGCAAAAAAGUUACUGAAAUUUAG